CGCCAAAUCCAAUUUUAUUUCCAUCGGCGCCUAAAUCACGAAUUAUUCUCUUGCUCCGGCGUCUCCACCUCUGCAAUCGCGGUUCACCUGGUGCAGGCGAAGGGCCGUCGACGUCGAGUAUGAAGUCAGGAACAACCAAACAUCGGCGCUGCUCCGGGUCGUCAAUGGCGAAAAACUGCAGCAGCGGCGGCAGCAGCAAGGAUCUCCUACAGUUGGAGCAUAAUUCUUCUGCUGUGGCCUCCACUUCAUGUCUAGGUUCAAAGUUGUUCGUGUGGAAUAAAGAUGACUCUGUUCCUCAGCCUGGAGCACCUAUUCAGAAGCCUCCUAUGUUUCCUGUUCCCAAGAGUGAUGUUUUAGGAAAAGUGAAGGACUUUUUAGGUGUUAUGUCUGAAUCUAACAGAAAGCUGUUGCACAAUGCAAAGGAGAAUCCCGAGAAUUAUGAUAUUGAAGUGCUCAAUGGGAAAGAAUCUGAAGUCAUUGAAUUGGAUCUGAUGCUUGGCAUUGCUGAUCUUCACACACCGGAGGCUGUAGCGGCUGCAGAGUCUGCAAUGGCUGGAUAUCAACCGGUAACUCGUUUUUCUGAAAGCAGCAGCGAGUCCGAUAGCGAAGAGGACAAUGACAGAAAGGAUGAGAUAAAUGAAGAGGUCAGUAAUCCCGACUCUAAAGAACAUGUUAAUUUAGAGCCGAAGGAGGAUACGGGUAGUAGUAAAUAUUCGCGGGAGAGAUCGGGGAAACAAAAACCCCCAAAACGACCCAAGAUCGUCGAACUCUCUUAGAAGAUUUGGUGUGAUGGGUUAUUUAUGUAUUUGUGUGAUCCUAAUUAUUCACCUCGUUUGUUUGUUUGUUUUUCCUACUUUUGUGUUGAAUUAGUGUAGAGUUUUGAUUCUAGUGCAUGAAAUUGAGAUUUAUUGUUAUAUUAACAGAGAUGAACUAUUGAAUUGAGUUCAUUAAUAGAGUGUUGUAUUUGUUACUUAA